GGGCUCUUGUGCACAGCGGAGGGUGGCCAUACGGAAAGAGACAUGCUGCUAGAGAGGAACCCGCUCUGAAGCUCUACCUGUCCCCGACUCUACAUCCACACUGAAAUCUGACUUUUCAAGGAUCACGGGGCAGUUGCUAGGAAACGGAACUGGAGCUCAGUCCUUUGGGCUGGAAUCGUGGCUGUGUCUCUUUCUCAGCAGCUGUGAGAAUCUGGGAUUAGUCUCACUAAACUAACAGCUGGAGGAAAUGGUGAGCAGAUGUGUUGGAGGCAUGUCCAUGCUUGACUCGGAUGGAAACGAGAUCAUUUCUACUCGCUAGCACUGCCGUUGUACAGAGGAAAAGUGAAGGCAAUGUUGGAAGAAUGGACGAACAAAACAUCUCCGAGAUUUCCUUUUGUGAGCCCAUAGUGGCCCAUCAUUUGAUCCCGCUUUACUUCCUAGUGCUCAUUGGCGGCCUGGUAGGUGUCAUCUCCAUCCUGUUCUUGCUGGUGAAAAUGAACUCACGUUCAGUGACCACUAUGGCAGUCAUUAACCUGGUGGUGGUCCAUGGGUUAUUCCUGCUGACUGUGCCUUUCCGUGUGGCAUACCUCAUCAAGGGGACUUGGACAUUUGGAUUGCCUUUCUGCAAGUUUGUGAGCGCCAUGCUACACAUCCACAUGUACCUCACCUUCCUCUUCUACGUGGUGAUUCUGGUCAUCAGGUACCUCAUCUUCUUCAAGCGCAGAGACAAAGUAGAAUUCUAUAGAAAACUGCAUGCCGUUGCCGCCAGUACUGCUAUGUGGCUUUUGGUGAUUGUCAUUGUGGUACCCCUGGUGGUUUCUCAGUAUGGAAAUAAUGAAGAAUACAACGAGCAACACUGCUUUAGAUUCCAUAAAGAACUUGUCCGUGAUUAUGUACAAGUUCUCAACUAUAUAAUAGUCAUUAUUGUCAUAACCAUUGCAAUGGUUCUCUUGGGUAUCCAAGUCUUCAUCACACUGUCCAUGGUGCGGAAGCUUCGCCACUCCUUACUAUCCCACCAGGAGUUCUGGGCUCAGUUGAAAAAUCUGUUUUUUAUAGGCAUAAUCUUCAUUUGUUUUCUUCCCUACCAGUUCUUUAGGAUGUAUUACUUGUAUGCAGUGACGCAUCCCAAGAACUGUGAAGACAACGUUGCAUUUUACAACGAAAUUUUCUUAAGCACAACAGCAAUCAGCUGCUUUGAUUUACUGCUCUUUGUCCUUGGAGGAAGCCACUGGGUUAAGCAAAAGAUUAUCGACCUAUGGAACUGCCUUUUAUGCCGUUAGCCAAACUACAGUGUUUAUUACGUUCUGUUGGGAAUGAGAAUAAGCAAGGGAGGUAAGAAUGGCUUUGCAUUGCUUGAUCAAAACCUUGCCUUGGCCCAGACAAAGAAAAGGACUAAAAAGUAUCUAAGUGCUCUCUGUAGUUUGUAAAAGAUGUCCUUGCAAAAAUGAGUUGUGGUAGAGCUAUGUGGAAUUGCAAUUGUAUUAUUUUCCAAGAUACAGUGUCUGCUUAGCCAAUCCAGAAAAUGUGGGUCUGCUGGAUGCUGGAGUUUUAUUAGGGCAGGGUGACUUCCAUGGGUUUGACACAUGGUUCCCCCUCCAGGCUUCCUGCUGCAACGAGGUAAAGAAGAGUCAUUUUCAUCCCACUUCUCCUUCCCAAGGCUAACCCUGGUCAUCAAACAGCUUCAAAUAAAAACAACUCCGUUGUUUAACAGACAAGUUGACACAGUCAACACACACACACACACACACAUUCUGACAAAACAAUCAGAAAAAUGGAGGAGUAAGAAACUUUUCGCAGGGCGGUGGUGGCGCACGCCUUUAAUCCCAGCACUCGGGAGGCAGAGAGGCAGGCGGAUCUCUGUGAGUUCGAGACCAGCCUGGUCUACAAGAGCUAG